AAAACAUUGAAAAGGAGGCACCUUUCUUUCCUUUUCCUCACCCCCCCCUUCUCUCUAUAUUUAAUGGAUUCCUCCUCGCCUUCACUCUCUCUGUAAAAACUCACUCUCUCUCUCUCUCUCUUUCAUUCCAUUGGAUUCUACUGUUUACUUUUCUUCUUCAUCAUCAUCAUCUUCUUCUUCUCUUCUUCUUUGUGUUGUGUGGGAUUAAACGAACUACCACACCACGUACAUGCACCUUCUUUCUCUCUUCCUCUUUUUCUUUCCUUUUUUUUUUUUCCAAGACAAAAGGACCUUCUAUCAAGGCUUUAGAGAAUUAUCUACAUACAUUUAUAUGUUUCUUUGUUGAGAAUUUUGUCUAGUUCUUUCUUCUUUUUCUUUUUUGGUCCAUUAUUUUCAUUAUUUUUGUUUUGAGUUUGGCAUGGGAAAGCAGGGGCCUUGCCAUCACUGUGGAGCCACAAGUACUCCUCUUUGGCGUAAUGGACCACCAGAAAAACCAGUGUUAUGCAAUGCUUGUGGGUCGAGAUGGAGAACAAAGGGCACACUGACAAACUACUUCCCAUUUCAAGCUCGUGAACAUAAGAACCUGGAGGGAACUAAAGUGCCUGAAGCACCCAAACUGAAAAUUUUUUCAUCUAAGAUCAAGGAGCAGAGAAUUCACAGAAGGAUGCAAGAGAAUGUUACCGAAGAAAUUGAACAUGAAACACCAUAUUGUGGACAAAACUUCCAAAAAUUUUUUGACGAAGAUGUUAGCAAUCGAUCCAGUUCUGGAUCAGCGAUAUCUUUUUCAGAGGGUUGUGCAUAUUUUGCCGCAUCAGAUAUGAAUGAUUUGACAGCUUCACAGCAAUCGGUUGUCUGGGAACCAGUAGUUCCAUCAAGGAAAAGAGCAUGCAUUCCUCGGCCAAAGCCCUCUUCGGUUGAAAAGCUAAGAAGGGAUCUAUAUUCCAUUAUGUGCGAACAGCAGUCAUCAAACAUUUCGGAAAUCACUGACAGUGAUCUCCUUUAUGAAAAUGAAAAUCUGAGUGCCUCGGCUGAAAUCGGCCAUGGUGGCGUUCUCAUUAGGCUUCCGAACUCAAAAGUUGUAGAGGAGGAAUCAGAAGCAAGCUCUUUUCCUAUCAAUGACAAGUUGUACAAUGAAAACAAGGUGUAUACAAGUGAUAUUUCUGAAUGCGAGAAGUUGUAUGUUUUGCAAGGCAGAGAUUCACCCUUGAGUCGCAUCGAUCUAAAAGAUGUUAUUAGCUUCGAGGCUUUCUCGAGUCUUUUUUCUGACGAAGAGCAACAGCUACUGAUAAAAUUCCUGCCCUCUGCUGACACUGCCAAAACUCAGACAAGCCUUAAGAGUAUGUUCUUCAGUCCUCAAUUCCUGGAGGACUUGCAUUGUUUCCAGCAACUCCUUCUCGAAGGUAUCUUUGAUCUCUCCCUGUCCGGAGUCGAUGCCAAAGAAUGCAACAAUUUGAAGAAUCUUGUGCUCAAUAAUACCGAAAAAGCUCGAUGGGUAGAGCAAUAUGAACAGUUGAAGGAUGUGAAACACCAAAAAACAUCUAAACAUGGCAUCGAUGAAACGACCGUUUGCUAGUUGAUACCAAAACUAUUCGGGUUAAUUUUCACAGCUUUCAUCUUUGAAAUGUACAGCGUCGAACAAUGUGAUGACGAGCUUGAAAAGAAAAUGCAGAAAGACUGAUAUUUCUGGCUUUAGGCGCAAAUUCGAUCUGCUUAUGAAUAUCAACCUGCAUACUGACAUGAAACAAAGAACAACAGGUCCGAUUAGUUCGGCCGGAGAUCGAAUGCAAACUCAUUUAAUCAUACAUCAUUGGUUUAUGUUACUGUUUGGUAACUCUAUGAAUGAUGGUUGGCUUUGUUUCUUCUUCAAUUUUAUUUUAUUUUAUUUUUCUCUUAUGACUAUAUAUGCAUAUAUUUUGUUCUUCUU